AUGAGAAAUCACAAGGAGAUAAGAAAAUCAGACUCAGAGUAUAUACCGUUACAUUUAUGCGAAGAGAUACUCGCAAGGCUCCCGGUAAAAGACCUAUUAAGAUUCAGGUAUGUCUGUAAAUCUUGGUGUUCAAUUAUCGAUUCGUCCGUAUUCACUUAUAUGCAUCUUAAACUCUACAAAAACAACAAUCAUCAUGAGAACAAUCUUGUAUUAUGUUCAGAAUACAAUCAGAAACAAAAAACUCUUUAUCUUCGUCGCAUCAACACGUUUCGUCAAAUUGGUGAACGAAUUGAAACUCAUCAAAAUAGCUUGCUUAGAGGGAGUUGUAAAGGGUUAUUGUUGACAGAAAAAGAAGAUAUGAGACUAUGGAACUUCUCUAUAAGAAAGUUCCUUAUCCUUCCGCAUUGCCCUAUUCAGGACAAUGUUACAUAUGUUGUACUAGGGUUUGCCCCUUCGACUAAUGACUAUAAGGUUGUUGCCUUUACGUAUGAUUCAAUGGCCGUUUAUUCACUUCAUGAUCACCGAUGGAAGGUAAAGAACAACAUGACGAUUAUGAACCCUAUGUGGCAUGUACGACCAAAAUUAUAUUAUAAGGAUGUUAUUUUUGUAGAAAAUGCGGUUUACUGGUUUGAAUUUAGUAAUCGUUUUAAAGAAGAAUACCAACAAAAUCAUAUUGUUUCGUUUGAUUUUGAUGUGGAAGCAAUUAACCUUUUGGUACUACCGGAUAAGAUCAUUGGGAAAGAAAUAAUAGCUAGGUUUUUAUGCAGCAUAAAUGAUUUGUUAGCAGUUUUUUGCGUGUCUAUCGAAAGCACAUGUAUAUGGAUACUCGAAAAAGAUCGUGGCAACGGUAAGGCACCGUGGAGGCAAUGGCAUUCUGGAGAAACAAAUGUUGAUUUUUGCGAGUUAAUUCAUAGAUAUUAUUUACAUUCAAAUAUUCUUUAUCUCCAAGACAUUAACACAUUUUUUAUAGGGUUCAAUGGUCAAUUGAUAUCUUAUAAUAUCAAAAAUAAUAAAUUUCAGUAUGUGAUGAAAAAGUUUUACGGAGAUGUUGAUACUUAUGUGGAGAGCUUAGUAUCUCACACAGAUUCAAAAUGGAGCGACGCGUACAUUCGUCCCCGGAAGGUGAGAAAGAAUAGUAGGCAGAUGCAAAUCCAGCAAGAUCAGAAUGCAAGUUAA